AUGGCGGCUGUUGCGUCGUCAGCCCUUCGCCUGCCGCUGUCUGCGCUUCGCGCCGCCUCCGUCCCGGUCAAAAUUCUUGCUGAGCACCGCUCUUCGCGUUCGCCUGAUUUUCUUAUUACUUUUGCUACCGCCUCUGAACCCUGCAGUCUCCAGCAGUUUCGAUCGCCCACUAAGAGCGUGUGUAACUCGACGGUCUCACCAGCUCCGAGAUUCGCGAGAACUGCGAGAUUUGCGAACUUCGCGAGUGGCGACCGGGUGACCGUCGACGCAAACAAGUUCCUCUUCCAACAAUCUUCGCUGCCACAGCAGCACCGGCCUGCCGCCAGUCGUCGCUCGUUCGUUACACAAGCCGCCACGUCAGCAGAUCCCGCCACGUCAGCGGAUUCCACCACGUCAGCAGCAGCGCCCGUUAUGGUGCAGACGACGCUUCAGGUGUCGAGCGCGGACGGCGCUUUCAAGCGGACGCCCUCCGCCUUCCGCAGCCUUAUUACCGCGGAUGGGUCCAGCGGAUUCCCCGCCGUCGCUGCCAGGUACCACCUGUACGUGAGCUACGCCUGCCCCUGGGCGUGCCGCUGCCUCAUGGCGCUCAAGCUCAAAGGGCUCGAGGACGCCAUCUCCGUUACUAUAGUAGAGCCGGUGUGGCGUCGCACGAGGGAGGGCGACGACCACAUUGGAUGGCCCUUCGUGGCGCCAGGGGCCACGCCGGAGGUGGCAGGGGCGGAGAGCGACCCUCUCAACGGAGCUCUCUCCCUGAGGGACGUUUACGAGAAGGCAGACCCCGGUGCUGUCAAGUUCAGCGUGCCUGUGCUGUGGGACAAGGAGAGUGGCACCAUAGUGAACAACGAGAGCAGCGACAUCAUGCGAAUGCUCAACUCUGAAUUCAACGCCAUUGCCAAACAUCCCCAGGCAUUCAAGGAGCUAUUUGCUGCUCUGGAUCGCUGUGAGGACAUCCUUUCUCGCCAGCGCUUUAUCGCAGGAGAUGUUUUUACAGAGGCUGAUAUUCGGCUCUUUGUCACACUCAUUCGAUUCGAUGAGGUGUACGUGGUUCAUUACAAGUGUAACCGCAAUUCCAUCCGCGAAUUCCCCAACCUCUUCAACUACACCAAGGAAAUCUAUCAGCUGCCCGGAAUAGCCUCUACAGGUAUUGAUUACACUGCGCCGCACGAUAGGCACAGGCUGCCUGGUGUUGCUCUGCCUUGUGGAAAGGAGUGA